AACCUAAUUAAUAUUCACAACUGAAGUCUUCGCCGUAGUAGAAUUCGUAAACUCGCUCAACCUCAGCAGACCUUCUGCUGCUCUUUAAUUACUUUGCUGAACAGAAAGAGUUCAGUGCAUCCGCUCAGCUGGGGCAGUCAUAUUUGACUAGCCUAAACACACGUAUCUGUGGUCUUUUUUAAGUUGUGUAAAGCAUCUUUUCUCGAACAAGAGUAGCCAAAUUAGAAACCGGGGGAUCUCUGAUUAUUUCUUAUUUCGAAUCGGCGUGAAAUAAAAGACAAUGACUCAGUUCAACAAGGGCCCUGCAUAUGGUUUAUCUGCUGAAGUGAGAAGUAAGAUUGCUCAGAAGUACGACCUGCAGAAGGAGGAGGAGCUGAGGUACUGGAUUGAGGAUGUAACGGGUAUGCCAAUCGGAGAAAAUUUCCAGAUGGGGUUGAAGGAUGGCGUCAUACUGUGCGAGCUCAUUAAUAAACUUCAGCCUGGAUCCAUUAAGAAAACCAACCACUCCAAACUUAACUGGCACAAGCUUGAGAACCUGGGCAACUUCAUCAAAGCCAUUCUUGCUUAUGGCCUGAAGCCUAAUGACAUCUUUGAGGCCAAUGAUCUGUUUGAGAACGGGAACAUGACUCAAGUCCAGACCACACUUCUUGCUCUGGCCAGCAUGGUGAGUUUUGUGCAAAACAUCAUGAAUGGAGAUGAUGAAAGAAGGAUGUUUAUGUUUGGAGUUUCUGGUAUAAUGCCACUUUCGUUCUUUCAUUCAAAGGCAAAAACCAAAGGUAUGGACACAAAAGUUGGCAUUGGCAUAAAGUAUUCGGACAAACAAACCCGUAACUUUGAUGAUGAGAAAUUGAAGGCUGGUCAAUGUGUGAUUGGGCUGCAGAUGGGGACAAAUAAAUGUGCUAGUCAGGCCGGGAUGACCGCUUAUGGCACCAGGAGACAUCUGUAUGACCCAAAGACUCAAGCAGACAAGCCUUUUGACCAAACCACAAUCAGCUUGCAGAUGGGCACAAAUAAAGGAGCAAGCCAGGCUGGCAUGUUGGCCCCUGGCACCAGGAGGGAUAUUUUUGACCAGAAAUUGGCUGUCCAGCCACUGGACAAUUCCACCAUCUCGUUGCAGAUGGGCACCAACAAGGUGGCCUCUCAGAAGGGCAUGAGCGUGUACGGGCUGGGCAGACAGAUAUAUGAUCCCAAAUACUGUGCCUCCCCCACCGAACCCACCAUCCACAGCAACGGCAGCCAAGGCACCGGCACCAACGGCUCUGAGAUCAGCGACAGCGACUACCAGGCUGAAUACCAAGGAGAAUAUCAAGACGAGUACCAGGCAGACUACCACGAGGAAUACAGAGCCCACGGCAUUGACUAUUAAACUGCAAGCUUACAGCACAGAUAAAUAUUUUUGGAUCCUCGCAUAAACAGAGCGAGUUGUUUUUUUUCUCUCGCUAGCCUUUUUAUACAUUACAAGAAACGUGUUAAGAGGAUGUUUCUUAGAUCACGGGUCCUCUGAUAAUACAGUAUUUUAUUAGUUAGACAAUAGACUAUAGUCUAUAGUAGGGCUGGGCGAUAUAUCUCAUGCGAUAUGCAUGCACAUCUCGUCAGUAAAGCCGGCUCCUUGAUUAGUGGUAAAUUUACUGAUGAGAUGCGCAUGCGACACAUCGCCCAGCCCUAGUCUAUAAGUAUUGUUUUGCCCUUUUUAAAAAAAGUUUGGCCCUUUUUAAAAGUCAAGAUGGGUUAGAGAAGCAGUGUGUUUGUCAAAUGUCAUUCAUGGCAUAUUAACUACAAUCUCUUUUUUUUUUUUUUUUUUUUAAGUAUAUUUUUUACUUCCUGCUUUUUAAAUCAUUUUGAAAUUGUGCCAUAGACUUUUGUAUGUUUAGACCAACUCGUAUCUUUUUGAUCAGUCCCCCUCUUCUCAACUGUCUUGUAUUUAUUGCCAGUAAUACUCAAUAGAGACCUCAGUCCUGUUGAAUGGCUCCUUUUUUUUUUUUU